GCUAUCACUACCGCACUGUGAAGCCCUGAUCCCUGAGCUGACUUCAUAUUGUUACUUCUACAGAAAGCAUUGGAAAAUGGACUCGGACAUCUCACAAGCCUUCCAGAAAGAACUCACCUGCCUCAUCUGCAUUAACUACCUUAUAGACCCAGUCACCAUAGGCUGUGGGCACAGCUUUUGUAGGCCAUGUCUCUGCCUUUCCUGGGAAGAAGCCCAAAUCCCUUCCCGUUGCCCAAUGUGCAGGGAACCAUCACAGGCAACAGAUUUCAAAACCAAUAUUCUUCUGAAGAAUCUGGUGGCCAUUGCCAGAAAAGCCAGUCUCUGGCAAUUCCUGAGCUCUGAGGAACACAUGUGUGGGACCCANACAAUAUCAAAGAACAAAAUUUGGUUUUAUGAAUAUGAGAAGCUCAUAAAGAAUAUGAGGACUUUAUGGAAAAAGAUUCAACAAAAUCAGAGAAAUCUGGUUGUGGAAAGCAGAAUAAUAAGCCAGUGGAUGAGAUGUGAGGCCAAAAUGGCACAAAAGAGGAAACACCUAAAAGAAUUGUAUCAGGAACUGAUAGCAAUGUGCCAUAAACCAGAUGUGGAGCUGCUCCAGGAAAUCUUCCUUCCUACAAUCCUCAUCCUGCACUUCUCUAAAAAUCGAAAAGGAGCAACUUACCCACUGGACAUUUCCUUCAGUAAUGAAAUAACCAAUCACAACAUCAGGCUGUUCGACAAUGUGAGAAGUCUGGUGUUUAGACAUGUCCAUCAAGAUGCGUCUUUGAAUUCUGACAGAUCUAACUAUUUCGCUGCAUGGGGAGCCCAGAGCUUCACCACUGGAAAACAUUAUUGGGAGCUAGAUGUGAACGACUCUUGGGACUGGGCUCUAGGAGUCUGUAAGGAUUCUGGGAUAAGGGGGAAUAGCAAACUGAUUGGAUCUGGUGACAUGUUUCUUCUGUUAUGUGUGAAGGAGGGUAAUCAUUAUGGUCUCCUGACAACCUCCCCAAUAUUUCCUCACUACAUAGAGAAACCUCUGGGCAAGGUUGGUGUGUUCCUUGAUUUUGAGAGUGGAAGUGUGAGUUUUGUGAAUGUUGCCAAGAGUUCUCUCAUGUGGAAGUAUCCCACUGGCUCCUUCAAUUUCCCAGUCAGGCCUUUCUUUUGCACAGGGCACACAUGACCAGGGCUAAGUCAGGAAACUGAUGUGUGUCUGGGAACUCCGUAUCUAAGGGAGCCCUUUUCAGUUAAAGGAAAUCAGUAAUACGUCACUGUCUUUUAUGUUUUUUCUACUUUAAUGUAACCUAAUUUUAUUGCUGUUAAAAAUAAAGAUAGUGUUCAAUGCAAAAAA